GUUGACGUUUAAUCAUCUGGCACGUUGAGUUGACGUUUCCUAGUUAUUUGUUUUGUAGGUUAGGAUUGUGUUUUUGUGUAAAUUGCCCAUAAAUGUUUUCUCUACGCAUUGUUGUACUAAAAUGUCUUCUGCAUUAGUGCGACAGGCUCUGGAACUCGUCGACCAAGAAGACAGCGGCGAGGCGAAGCGCGGUUCUCGUAAAACGCGGCCGCGACACGGGGGUCAAGAUCACAGGCACUUGUACAAGAGUAAGACUAAGAAGGCGAGGGAGCCAGUCAAAUCCAAGGAGCAGUUGUCCGCGGAGAACAUUGACAAGCUGCUGAAGCUGUCGACGCGCGCCGCAGACACUAGCCUGGCUGACAAGAUCGUGGAGCGCGCCAUCCGCCGCAAACCGCUCGCAGACAAAGAAGAAGUAAAACAAGAAGAAGAGAAGUCCAUACUGUUCCCUGAGGGAGAGACCUUCGAGGAUUUCGAGAAAGAACUGUUCUGCAGCUAAACACAACAUUACCUUGAGCAGACUAAUCUAUGCUGUAUUGGUUGUUGCGUGACAUCGAUAUUCGUAUAUUAAAGUGAUGCGUAUAUAUGGACAUUCCUGAUGCGGUGAUUGGCAAGCUGGUCCUGGUGACAACCAGUGCUGUGUUUGUUGUGCUCUGUUUGUGGGUCAACUCAUACCCAUUCAUUGACGAAGAGUCGUGGUUGUGGCGCGUGGUCCCGGACCCACAGUGGCUGCUCGCCUUGUGUGGGGCUUGGGGCGUCGUCUUUGUGGGGGGACUCAUGUGUUUCACGCUGUACCAUCUGCGCCCGUAUCUCUGACCCGUAACAUGGCCCUCCAGCGCAGCAACUGGGUCGUCAUAGGUAUCGGCGGCGUGACAUGCGGCGGCAAGACGUCGCUGGCGCGCAGACUGCGCGGCGCGCUGCGACCGGCGCGGGUGGUGCACCAGGACGCGUACUUCCUGGCCGACGACUCGCCGCGACACGUCUACAUCCCCGAGCUGCGCCACAACAACUACGACAUCCUCGCCGCGCUCGACAUGGACCGCAUGAUGGCCGACGUCGCCGCCAUCCUGCGCGGGGACCUCAAGGAGGACGACGCGCGCGUCCCCAACGAGGUGCCCUCCGCGCUGUCCCUGCAGGCGCCGGCCGAGCCGUUCUCUCUGCCGGGCAAGCAGUUCCUGAUCUUGGAGGGACUGACGGUGCUCAACUACCCGGCCAUCAUGGAGCUGUGCGACCUGCGCUACUACUUCGUGCUGGAGUACGAGGAGUGCCUCCGCCGCCGACUGUACCGCCUGUACGACCCGCCCGACGUGCCCGGAUACUUCGAGCUCUGCGUCUGGCCCGAGCACAUCAAGUACAGGGCGGAGGUGGAGAAAGACCAACGGGUCAAGUUCCUGGACGGCACGGACGUCAAUGUGCACGAGUCCGUCAUGGAGGACAUCCGACGUCUCGCCACAUAGCGCUGUUACAGAUACAUAUACUAGGUGUGGAGUAAGCAAACAUAUUUAUUUAUAAACGAUGUUAACAGACUACGUGGCUACCUCACACUGAUGCAGGCUAUAUCUCGAUGUACCAAGAUGCUUCGCUACCAUAUGUAGUUAAGCUCCCUGCGGCCAAGCAAAUCCAAAACGUAUUGCACUAGCACAAGGUGUAAAAUUAAUUACACACACUGUAUAGUUUGCAUGUAUAUUUAGUACACACAUAUAAAAAGUGAAUGAAAUAUCACGACGCCAAUGUAUUUUUGUACGCAAUUUACACGAUACACCGCAAGUCGCCUUACACAGUAACGUGACGAGUGAGACAGCGCUAUAUCAGGCACAUGCUUCUGAGCGAGACAAGUAUAUGCCAAGUGUUGCCGUCAUAAUCGGUCUAUAAAAUGUUUAUAUUCAGAGUUGUAUCAAAUAAUAUUAUAUUAGGGCGUAUCUACACGAGCUGCAGUGUCGUUCUUUUUAUUUUAUAAUCAUGUAGUUAAGUGAGCGUUGUAUAACGCCGAGCGUGGGAAAACGGCUUCAGUAGACGAUGUUGUGAAUUCCCGC